CUCACUGCCUGAUAAGGGGAACACCUAUCAGUGGAACCUCAACAAUCUGGAGGCAACAAUCAAGGGAACCACAACACUCUUGAGGCAACAAUCUCAAAAUCUGUUUAUCAUGGAUGGUUGCUUUUUCAGAAAGACACCGAAUGGGAUCUAUCUUUGCUUCAUUGUUUUACUAGUAAAAAUAUCUGGGGGAGAAACUCUCAACUUCUCCGAUUUACCUGCAACGGGCAACGUAAAAGAAAAUGCACCUUCUGGGACCCUGGUGCAUGAUUUUGGAGUCACCUUAACGCCACAUCUGUUGCCAAACAUUUCAAUACCGCCUGAGUAUCCUUUAAUCGUCAAUUCAAAUCCACUCACACAAGCUUUCCGGAUCAACCCCGUAUCUCCACUCCGCUAUCAGGUGGUUACCACAGGAGACCCCGUUAUAGAUUAUGAAACGAUGCCCCAUGCCUUUGACCUGCAGAUCCUUGUUGCUGAUUCUGCAGGAGCCAUGGAGCUACAGGUUCUGACCAUCCAAGUGAUCGAUGUGAAUGAACCACCGGUGUUUCAAGGCAACUUGGCAAAUCAAACCGUCAUCAUCUACAUCUUGGAAACGGCAGAACCAGGAGAUAUUUAUCAAGUUUACGCAGGGGAUCCUGAAACAACAUCCCCUAGGAGAGUUGAGUUUUCUCUGAGUCCAGAUUCCACAUUCUUUUCCAUUUCUCCAACUGGGACCAUUUCUACUUUGAAGAAAUUUGAUUUUGAGAAAGAUCUACCGAGCUACACAUUAAAUGUUACCAUAACAGAUGACCUUCGGGUUAGCAUUAGGAGAAUCCUGAUGGUCAAUAUCAUAAAUGAGAACGAUGAACUUCCUUACUUCACCACGAAAGAGAAAGUUUUCAAGAUUCGUGAAGAAGCAGCACCGGGAACAUUUGUUGCUAAUAUAACAGCUAAGGAUCCCGAUGGCGAAGAUUUUAUUCUUAGCCUUCACUAUAGCAUGGGGGUUCCUGAAGGGAUCCCUAAAUUUUACAUCAACCCGAUGACUGGUACGGUCUUGGUGUCUGCUCGGCUAGAUCGUGAUGCUUCCCCCCUCAGAACCCAUCCUAAUAUUUCUUUGACCAUCCGUGUUGAGGAUAGCCCUACCCAUGAAAGGACUGCUGAAACUGAGAUUUUCAUUUUUGUCGAAGAUAUCAAUGACCUUCCGCCCAAAUGCAGAGAAUACAAUGACAGGGUGGUAAUUCCUGAAACGGCUUCCCCUGGACUUGAAAUGAUCAAUUUGAAGAAUUUUUGCGAAGAUGAAGAUGCUGAAUCUCCACACAAUUUGUUUAACUUCACUGAACUAUCUGGAAUUGGAAGUAAUAAAUUUACCCAGGAUCCUCCACACUCCGGAAGAAUUAAGCUUAUAGGAAAUGUAGACUUGGAAAACACAACAGAUGGAAGUGUGCAGAGACAAUAUAUUCUGAAUACUGUCAUCCAGGAUGUUUCUGAGCCUUACUUCCCUGAACUAAUCUACAUUUACAUCAACAUUCAGCCGGAAAAUGAGUUUGAUCCAGUCUUCAAUAGCUCUUUAUACAUUUUUAAUGUCUCUGAAAUGAUGUCACCAAAUUCCCCUAUAGGAGCAGUCCUAGCUACUGACGACGAUUUGCCUCCUACUGGGAUUUCUUACUCCAUUUUGUCUGGAGAGAGUGGUGGGGGUGUCACAGACUUAUUCAUAAUCAAUCCCCAGUUGGGCAUUUUGAAGAACACAAAGAGAUUAGACUAUGAAACACAGCAAGUGCACACUCUCAAAGUGGAAGCUUCUGACAACGAUGGCAAUACUGGAACUUCCUCCGUGAUAAUAAAUGUUCUUGAAGCAAAUGAUGAACCACCAAUAUGCACACCUGAUGGACAGUUGCUGGAAGUGCCAGUGGAUCUAAGCCUGGGCAUUAUUAAUAGUUUCAGUAUUACUUGCGUGGAUCGGGAUUCAAGUCCGAACUCAUUCCGAUACACUCUCACGUCAGGUAACGUGAAUAACCAUUUUGACUUCUCACCAAAGGCUGGUUCCAAUAUCUCCAGAUUGGUCCUGAUCAACCCAUUUGAUUAUAUGUCGGGAAUGGACACAGUUUGGGAAUAUCGGCUGUUGGUUUCAAUAACAGAUGAUAAUCUGUUAACAAGUUCUGAAAGAACCUCAGUCCAUGUUGAAAACGGCACAGUCAAACUAACCGUUCGAGUUAUUCCAGAUCCAACUACCGUGAUUCCUACAACCCCUGGUGUUACCAUUGUGACCAGCAAAGAAAACGUCUAUGCUGUGUCGGCUUGGUAUGUGCCAUUCUUCAUAUUCCUUGGCAGUUUAUUGUUGCUCGGAUUGCUUGGAUACCUAACCGUUUUGCUGGCGAAAUACCUCCGUUCCUGUUGCCCACCAAGACCCAAACCGGACACAAAGCCACUGUUGCACGUGCCAGAUCCUGAAAUGACCAACUUAAAUCCUGUCUUUGAUGGGGAAGCCAUAGACCCAGUCACCGGCAAAGUGUAUGAAUACAACUCAAAAUCCGGGGCGCGAAGAUGGAAAGACACCAACGUGCUUUCCAAGACCGAAGGGAAGGACUCCGUUGUGCAAAUAACAACUCCCCCCAAGAGUGGUGAAGGCAAUCUGUCUAAAGCAGAGGCUACCACUACUAGUGGCGGGGAAGGGAAUCUCAAACAGAAGCCGAGAUCUCCAAAAAGUGGUGAAAAGGAUCUACCCAAAGCAGAGGCUGAAUCUGGGGGUAGUCAAGGAGAUCUUAAGCAGAAGACACCUCCAAAGAAUGGUCAGACGGGUGACCUAGUCCGAACAGAUGAUGCAACCAGAAGACAAAAUCAACUGGAAUCAGCAGCCUUAGACAAAAAAAUGGGAAGUCUCCCAAAUGGCAACGUAAAACUGCAGAAGGGAAAGGAAGAACCUCUGCGUAACCAAUCACCUUCCCCCACUCCCCAACGCAGGUCUCCCAUCCCCUCUCCCAAAAUAUAUCCAAAAUACCAAAAUCAGUCUUAAAAACAAGGUCUGGGCUUAAUAUGUCUUUAACCCAGAGAAUAGAA